AUGCAAUUCACUACCACUUCCGCUAUUACUCUCCUCGCAUUUGCAUCCUCGGCAGCUGCAUCUCCUCUUGCAGCUCGUCAGGAUGCGCUGCAAGAUUGGCAGGUAACAGACCUCGCAGUUUCCGUGCCCAUGGGUCGCCCAGGAAGCUAUCCUUGGGGCACUCUCAAGGCGAAUAUAACCGACCCGAAUGCGAUCAACCUUGGUACUUCGAGCGAUGGCAGCCAGAUGAUAGUGCCUGCUGGAAGCAAGGGGGUGAAUUGCGAGGCCAAAUGGUAUAUCAAUGGCGAUUCCCCAAUCGGCCGCGCAUGGCCUUGCGACGCAACCUCAAAUGGCUACUGGUUUAUGCACGUGUACGAAGGUACAAAUGGCUUCUCAUCUAGCAAUUUCGACCUCAAGUUUACACGCGUCGCGGAGAAGAUUCAUCUGGAUACUCAGUACAAGGCGACCUUCGAGGCGAAGGGGCAUUUCGAUAGCCGAGGAGGUCUUGGUGGUGUUUGCAGUGCGGGUGAGUGUAAUUGGGGGCUUCUACAGUCGAAGAAACCUUUCAAGAUUACACCCUCGAAGGUCUGA